UAACAGCUUGCGCAUUCCUUCUCUCUCUCUCUCUGUUUAUGUGUGAAUUUGUAUGUGGUGCAUUAAAUCAGUAGCAAAAGAAAAUGGUGAGCGCCGCAGUAGCUCGUAACGUCAUCGGCAUUAUCGGAAAUGUCAUCUCGUUCCUCUUGUUCUUCUCACCCGCGCCAACUUUCUAUACGAUAAUAAAGAAGAAGUCGGUGGAGGAAUUCAAACCUGAUCCAUACAUAGCAACAGUGCUGAACUGUGCAUUUUGGGUGUUCUACGGGCUUCCUUUCGUGCACCCUCACAGCAUUCUAGUCCUCACCAUCAAUAGCGUUGGCCUUGGAUUUGAGUUCAUCUAUCUCACCAUAUAUUACAUUUAUGCCCCCACCAAAGGACGUAAAAAGGUGCUUCUUUUCCUUUUCAUCGAGGCUAUUUUCUUUGCUGUGGUUGCACUUGUGACAUUGCUGGCACUGCAUGAUAUAAACCGGAGAUCAAUAGUGGUUGGUGUUUUGUCUGAUAUAUUCAAUGUGAUGAUGUAUAUCUCUCCUCUUACAAUCAUGGCAAAGGUUAUAAGAACGAAGAGCGUUAAGUAUAUGCCAUUCUGGCUCUCUCUUACCAACUUCCUUAAUGGUUUGUGCUGGACAACAUAUGCUCUCAUAAACCCCUUUGAUCUCUUUGUCCUGAUAAGCAAUGGUAUUGGAGCAGUUUCUGGACUUGUUCAGCUCAUAUUAUAUGCUUGCUAUUGCUCCUGCAAGGAACAAAAAGAUGAAGAAGGUGAUGAUGACACAAAGCCACCUUCUGGCUCUGGGGUUCAACUCUCUACUCCUAACGGAAAGUUUGCUGUUUGAUAUGUUGACAUAUAUAGGGUAUCUUUUGUGCUUGUCUUUUUAAUGUGAUUACCAUAAAUGCAUAUACAGUAAAGAAUUUAUGGCUGAGUUUUCGUUUUCGAUUUCUAGAAUGUUAACUUGAAUACUGUGUAGAUAUUUUCUCAGACUAUGGGUUCAUCUCUGGAAAAUGUUAGCAGCUCAUAAUUUUUGUUUGAAGCUA